AUGGCAGCAUAUCAAGCUGAACAGCUAAAGGAAAAAGGCAACACUGCUUUCCGAAACGGUGAAUAUCAAGAAGCCGAGAACCUGUACACCCAAGCGAUCCAGAAGCAUUCACGCAAUCCCUUAAUCUUCACGAAUCGAGCGAACGUGCGACUGAAGCUACAAAAAAACAACGAUGCCGUCAAUGACUGUCUGAACAGCAUAGAGAUUAGUGGGCCUAAAGGGCAGAACCACAAGGCUUUCUACUUUCUUGCGCAAGCUCAACUUGCCUUGCAUCAUCCACACGAAGCGCUCUCGUCGGCAUUAACGGCAUAUGAGCAGGUGUUGCAUCCACAGCCAGCAGCCAAGAUAUCGCCGAAGGAUCUUGAAACGUUUUCCAGCUUUGUGCUCAAAUGCAAGAAGGCCAAGUUCAUCGCUCGCGACCGCGAGAGGUUGCGGCGGCAAGGAGAUCUACGCGCGGAGCUGGAAGACGCUCUUGAAUGCCAGAAGCAGCACGAUCUGGAGCACGUCGCCGACCAGCUACAGAGCUGUCAGCUAGGGAAUGUUGAAGCAUCGGAGCGGCAUCAAGAAAUACUGACCAACUACGAAACGAAGAUCAGCGAAAUUCGGGCUGUCUUCGCCGCAGCAGACCCCUCGAAUCAUAAACCGCGAGAAGUGCCAGACCAUCUGAUUGACAUGAUCACCUUUGAGCCUAUGCACGACCCUGUCAUUACGAAGAACGGGCACUCUUACGAACGCGCGACGAUUUCCGAGCAUCUGAAGCGGAGCCCCACGGAUCCAUUGACACGAGAUCCACUUACGAUCAACGACCUACGGCCAAACCUUGGAUUGAAAGCUGCCUGCGAUGAGUUUUGGCAAAGCGGCGCUAGCGAGUGGAUUGGUGAAUGGUAG